AUGAGAAUAAGCCAGCCCGGAUGUGCUGCAGGGGUGCCGGAUCACGAACCGCCUGAAGCCGAUGGUGCAAUGCGCUUGGUGCGGGUGGGUGCACGGCAGAGAUCCACGUCGGGGGUUGCCCAAGAAGAUACGCCUCUCCUCUCCGCCCCAGAUGAAUCCUGGUCUCCCCCGCCCGGCUUCUUCUCCAUCCAGCUGGCCAUCAUGACAAAUGUCUUCCUCUACGGCUUCGACAGCACCAUUACGGCCUCCACGUACGCCGUCAUCAGCUCCGAGUUUGAUGCUGCCAAUAGCGCCUCCUGGUUAACGACGUCGUAUCUCGUCACUUCCGCCGCGUUCCAGCCGCUGUAUGGACGAGUGUCGGACAUUUUCGGCCGGCGAGCUUGUUUCUUCAUCUGUACGACUGUCUUUGCAUUGGGAUGUCUUGGCUGCGGAAUGGCGAAAAGUAUUGUUGCGUUGAAUUGCAUGAGAGCCGUCACUGGUGUUGGUGGAGCGGGACUUAUGACCAUGGCCACCAUAAUCAACUCAGACAUGAUACCGUUUAAAAAAAGAGGCAUGUAUCAAGCUCUCCAAAACGGAAUCAACGGCUUCGGCGCAAUCUGCGGCGCUUCCUUUGGCGGCACCGUCGCCGACUACAUUGGCUGGCGCUGGUGCUUCCUCCUGCAAGUGCCCUUGUCCAUCUUUGCGUUUGUUGCCGGGUACAUUGUUCUCAAGAACCAGCAUCGCGGGAUUUCUUCCGAGGGCGGACUCGGUGCUCUGUGGAAGAGAGUCGAUUUUUCAGGUGCGCUGCUCCUUGUGGCGGCUGUUUCGACGCAGCUUUUGGGUAUGAGUUUGGGUGGGAAUGAGUUGCCUUGGGGGAGUCCGUGGGUGAUUGGGUCGAUUUCAAUUAGUCUUGUGCUGUUUACGGUGUUUAUUCGGGUUGAAGGGAAGACGACGGCCAUGCCGAUUAUUCCGUUGAGGAUGCUUCAGGGAGCGAUGCCGAUUGCCACGCAGAUUGCCAACAUCUGUGCCGGCAUGUCAAUGUACGGGUAUCUUUUUAUGCUUCCGCUCUUCUUCCAAGCUGUUCUUCAAGACUCAGCCACCAAAGCCGGUGGUCGUCUGGCCAUCCCGUCGCUGGCCAUGCCUACGGGUGGUUUGAUUGCUGGUACAGUCAUGUCUCAUUGGGGAAAGCUGAUUCAACUCAUGCGAACUGGACUCAUCCUUAUGACAAUCGGUCAGGCUUUGGUCUCGUCGUGGGCUUUUGCAGAUGCCUCGUGGAAGUAUGUCUUGUAUAUCAUCCCUUCUCACUUGGGAACAGGAAUCGUGUAUCCGGCAAUCUUGUUCAUCUCGAUUGCGUCCCACGCCCAUUCAGACCACGCUGUGUCCGCUUCAACCACCUACCUCGUCCGGUCUCUAGGAACAGUCUGGGGAGUGUCCAUUACAUCGGCCAUCGUACAAAAUACGCUCAGGUUGCGCUUACCUUAUGCCUUGAGUGAGGUACCAGAUAAAUGGAGAAUUAUUGACGAGAUCCGACACUCGGUGGAAACUCUACGCACGCUUCCGCCGGAUAUUCAGCUCAAAGCCCGGCUAGUAUACUAUGAUGGGCUGAGGCUCGCUUUUGGAGCAACGACUCUGGUGGCUGCUAUUGGGGUGUGUGCUGCCUUUAUCGCCAACCCAGCUAACCUGCGAAAGACGCACGGGUAGUCGUGGCCGCAGCCAUGUAUCUCCAACGAGCCUUACUGGACGGAACGUAGUGAACGUAAUAUUCAAGGUGCAAUACUAGGAUUAGAUGCUUGUCCAUUAUCUAUAGCUUCAUCUACUAGGUUAGGAAUCAUAUACAAUGGUUUUUUUUUUGG